GAAAUAGUCACCUCCAAAAUGGAGGGUCUUCAGGUACAAGACUAGACUAUGAGAAUUGAACGUGGAACAGAGUCCGAUCCAUGGCAGCCUAGCCCUUCUCUGCUUUAUUUCCUGUUCAAUCUCUGAAAGCAGCAGCUGGGAGUCCAUUUCUACAAACUUUGAUCCGCUGAUACCGGGGCACCUCUCAAAUGAACUCAUAGCCUGCCCCCUAAGCAACCUUAACAUAUAUAUUGGGCGCCAUUCCUUGAUCGGUUUGAUAAGUUUUCCUCGGAGAGGUUCUGUUUCCAGACGUACACCGUCUUUGGUUUCUCUACAAUCUUUCUUGACUCACCCCCCUCCCUCCGCCCCCAUUAAUUGAAACCCGAGCCUCGCAUUCCAUUUGAGUUUGAGUUAGGAGGGACGAAUGGUGAUGCCUAUUUGGUUAGCAUUAAUCUCCUGAACUCGAAAUCCAUUUACCCCCUUCACUUGGGACUAAAUUAGGCGUGGUUAUGCGGUUAGUCGUGAUGCUUACCUUGCAACCUGCUGUGCGAGAACUUAAUGCAACAUGCCUAUUUUACAGAUGCUACUCAGAAGAAGAUUUUCUUUUUCUCCUGCAAGAUGAUGAGUCAUGCUGAUUAUGAUUCUUGUUUUUCCAUCUUAGAGACGCGAAAAAGAGGAAAGAGGGGCAAAGGGGAGACAUUUAUGAUCAUGGACAUGGUUUACGGUGAUGUUUAUGGAACAAAGUGAAUUAUCGACUUCUGAACUGCCGAUUGCUUCUUGAUUGAGACUAUACACCGAUUAAUGUUUAGCGAAACACUUUCGAAAUCGUGCUAAGUAACAAACCAAAGUGAGAUUCUAUUCCUAGUUCCAUGAGAAUUUCUCCAUUUAGAUUCUAGCCAUGGCUACCACAGAUAACAGAUAUUCCCAGACAAGUUGCACAAAAAAAGUGGAAUAUCUACAAUAUAAUCAAAGCCAUUCGGGAUGCUAGAUGACCUCGGCAUGCACGCAUGGGGAACCUUUCAGGAGUGGCGAGUGAAACUCUGCGCGAACUCGCGAACCGGCUCCGACUGUGCGAAUUGUCACUAGGAUUAGAAGUUGAUCAUGAAGAGAAGAAUAGCGAUCUAUUUACAAACUCCAAAGAUGGGCCAAAUGAUCAAUCCCAGUGUGCUCAAGAUGACGAUUGUUGUUGUCCCAUCAAGCCGAGGAGGAAGAGAAGAGCCGCCGUCUUGGUGUGCCUCUUCGAAGGCCACGGAGGAGAGCUUCGAGUUAUUCUCACGAAAAGAUCGAUGAAACUGUCCUCUUAUCCUGAAACAGGAGAUGUCGCACUGCCGGGUGGAAAAAUGGAAGAACAUGAUAAGGAUGACACUGCAACUGCACUAAGAGAAGCCACGGAAGAGAUCGGCUUGGACCCAGAAUUGGUUCAAGUUGUUGCUAAUUUGGAACCCUUCUUUUCUCAGCAUCUCUUCGAGGUCGUUCCUGUCAUUGGCCUACUCGCAAAGAUAGAAGAUUUCACACCUUCACUGAAUGUGGAUGAAGUGGAUGUGGUUUUUGACGUCCCUUUGGAAAUGUUUCUGAAGGAGGAGAAUCACAGAUGUGAGGAGAGAGAAUGGCUAGGAUGGAAGUACAUUCUUCAUGUUUUCGAUUACCAACCAGAGCGAGAGACUUUCUGCAUAUGCGGAUUGACAGCGAGAAUUCUGAUUCGGGUGGCAUCGGUCGUUUUCCAGCGGCCUCCCUCGUUCGACCUGCACACUCCCGACUUCCGACAAUUGCAACUGGUACUAGAAGAUAUUAGACAGAACUUGAAAGUAGGUGCUGCGACAAGCUAAGUACUUGCGUCGUGGUCCAUACAUCUAUUGAGGUAAACACCAAAGACAAUGAAGACCAGGCGCAGAUCAAGGCACCCUUAUUCGCGCCACAUAUUGCCAUUUUCUCAGAUGCCGAUUCGAGUACUGAAAUUGCAGGAUUAUCUUAGCGUGUCUCAGUCAGAGAACACGAAUAAUUUUUGUAAUCCGUUAACUCUCUCGGCUCAUUUGAUGUUCUCAAUCA